AUAUAUGUCCAAUCCACGCAGACACGCAGGGAGAACGCAUGAAGCUCAUCCCAGAGCUCCUCAGCUCUUCUCCGAGCUCUUCAGCUCGUCCCAGAGCUGCUCAGCUCUUCUCCGAGCUCCCCGGCUUGUCCCAGGGCUCCUCCGCUCGUCCAAGAGCUCCUCAGCUUUCCUCUGAGCUCGUCCGCUCGUCCCAGAGCUCCUCCGCUAUUUUCUGCGCUCCUCGGCUCGUCCCAGAGCUCCUCAGCUGUGGUGGUUUCUCUGAGCAUAAGCAUCGAGGCUUGGUGGCGGUGGUGCAAAGCGUCUCGGCUCUGGAAGCUAGGAAGCAAGUUGAGCCUCUUGUCGUGAUUAACCUCCAGAUGCUCUUCCCUGAGGUGUUGUGGUUGCUCCAAGGACGGCAACCUGGUUCUUGUGAGGAGUGUUUCCGUCGAAGUUUCCGGCAGGUGAGGCUCCAUUCCCUUGUCUUUGGUCACGGCGGAGCCGUCGUAAUGGUAAGGUGAGUUGUCUUCGUCCGUUUUUUUUUCUCCGGUGUGAGUAGGUCGGCGGCUUCAUUGGGCGAUGCUUCCCUGUUUGGUCUCUUUGCAAAGGUCUUUAUCUGGGUUCUUUUCAUGGUGUUGGUUUCUCCGGUCGAUCGUGCUUCGUCUGAGUAGGGACUCGUUAGAUCUUGGCCAGGAUCCGACGAGUGCGGACACCGUUUUUUUUAU